AUGACGGCAACGCUGGUGAUGCUGCACUGCGACUCUAUCUACCAUAUCUUUGCUGUCGCAGGCGUCCUUGUUCUGUUCCUUCUCCUCGUUUCUUUCCUAUACUUCAAGCCGACUGAGAGCUCUACCAAGUCUCCGCACACGAUCCAUGCAUACCUGCGAUUUUUCUACUCUUGCUUCCUGAAACCACAUACUGGGGACGACAGCGGAAGCCAGCAAGAUGCUCUUGAAAGCUUUUACAGGGCUCAGGGAGCUGUAUACGAUGCAAUACGGACGCGGCUGCUGCGAGGCCGAGAGGAUAUGCUGGGCCUAAUGGCCGCACAGCUCAAGCACAGGACGCAGACUGGAGAUAUUGUCCGCAAGCCAGUCUGGGUUGGCGGCGGAACAGGCUGGAACAUAGAGCAGAUGUCCGCCUUCAUUUCCGUUCCCGAUUCCUUCAGCGCUGUCUACCUAGUCGACCUAUCGCCAUCCCUCUGCGACAUCGCUCGGCGCCGGUUCGAACGGCUAGGAUGGGUGAACGUUUACGUGGUUUGCCAGGAUGCGCGCUCCUUUCGACUCCGUGAGCAUGGGCCGAUGGCCUACGAGAUGAAAGAAUGGAACUUGGAGAACCGUGAUACCCGCACAUCUGCCGAAGACGCCGAGGUAGGAAGGGCGGACUUGAUAACCAUGAGUUAUAGCCUUUCAAUGAUCCCGGAAUACCACCUAGUGAUUGACUCAAUAUCCUCUCUGCUCUCGCCCAACGGAGUCAUAGGUGUCUGUGACUUCUAUGUCCAAAGCAAGGUCGACUACCAAUGCCGCAACUACACCGGUGGCGUCAUCAACAGACACUGCACUUGGCUUUCGCGGGUGUUCUGGAGGACUUGGUUCGAGCUUGACCGUGUGCAUCUUACCGCCAGGCGAGAUUAUCUGGAGUAUCGGUUCGGAACCACACUCAGCGUCAACGCCCGGAACCACAUGUUAGGUAUGAGGAUUCCUUACUACGUAUGGAUCGGCUGCUCGAAGGACCGCGGUUCCACGGCCUCCAAGCUCGCGGAGCUCGAAGCGGCUGCCACGGAAUCACCGUUUCUGUCGGCUCCGGAUCUGCAAGCAAAGACUGCUCGGCAAGACUUGAAGCUGGUGAAGGUUCGGUCCAAAGCAUACGAGUCGGCGAUCAUAAACCUGCAAUCAAGCCUUCCCCUGCCCUCCAGCUGGUACCAGAACAACAAGUGGAGAAUACACUACGACGAUCAACUCCGGAAACACAGGCAAUUCAACGACGAAUGCCUGUACCAGUUUACGUGGCAAGAUUCUAGGAUGGACAGGAGACUGUUGCAGAUUGCGCGCGACGAUGUCAUCCUUUCGAUCACGUCGGCUGGAGAUAAUAUUCUAGCCUACGCCCUGGAGUCACCAGCUCGUAUCCACGCUGUUGAUCUCAACCCGGCGCAGAAUCACUUGCUCGAGCUCAAGGUAGCAGCCUUUACUGCUCUCGGAUACUCUGACGUUUGGAAACUCUUUGGUGAGGGGCAGCACGGCGCCUUUCGCGAUCUGCUGAUAAAGAAGCUGAGUCCACAUAUGUCGAGCUUAGCCUUCCAGCACUGGUUAAAUAUUUCGCCUACCGUCUUUUCCCGUAAGAACCUCUAUGAAACCGGAGGGUCAGGUCACGCCUUGCGCCUCAUAGGCUGGCUCUUCCGAGUGCUUGGGUUAUCAGAUGAGGCCAAAAGGCUCUAUUCCGCGCCGACCCUGAACGAGCAACGAGAGAUGUGGGAGAGGAGCAUUAAGAGGGUGUUGCUAAGUCGGAUCCUAUGCUGGGCCGUCAUCAGCAACGAGAAGUGGCUGUGGAAAGCCUUGGGCGUACCUCCCAACCAGCGCGACAUGAUCGAACAGGACUACCUCAAGCAGGACGACAUCCACGGCCUCAGCGUGGUACGGUCCGGUCAGGCUAUCUGGGAAUACGUGGUCAACACGCUGGAGCCAGUGGUAAACAGCACACUAAUCAGCGACGACAACCACUACUACCUCUUGUGCCUCCAGGGCAAGUACUCAAGGCGCUGCCACCCUGACUACCUUACUCACAAGGCACACAUCAAGCUUUCCAAACCUGACGCUUUUGACGGACUCCGCAUCCAUACCGACGAGAUCAACGAAGUCAUCGCACGCAUGAGUCCGAGCACUUUAACCAUCGCGGUUGUAAUGGACUCGAUGGAUUGGUUCUCGUCCACAGGCCCUGAGGCCGCGAAGCAGAUCAGAGCUCUAAACCGGGUCAUAAGGCUCAAAGGACGGGUCCUUUUGAGAUCCGCUGGAUUGACUCCGUGGUACAUCAAGACCUUUGGGGAGCUGGGGUUCUCGGCUAAGCGCGUCGCUGCGAGGUUUCCGGGGACGUGCAGUGACAGAGGUGAGCCUUCAGCUCUGGUAUUCUAA